AUGCUGCAAGAAGAAAUCGAUUCGCUUGUCUCCAAGUUCUCUAACUUGGAUUCCUCGCUCAUUACAGCUAUUGCUCUGGACUGCGCUUCAGUUGAGGAGGCCGAGUCGAUGUUAGAGCCUCUCAACAAUGAGUCAGCAGGAGCAGACCAGGUCUGUGAAGAUUCUACGGACUUUCUUUCCCACGACGGAACCGACUCCACGGGGAACACCACUGCUCAGACGUCGGUGGACGACUACAAGGAGGCCCAGAGACUGCAACUGAUUGAAAAUUACCAUGGGGACCAUGAUCGUAUGAGACAGGAGGAAACACAGACCCAGUCGCUUCGCAAGGAGAUCGAAGACACCGAUCUCGAUCUGGAUACGUACAUGACGAUUCGACGCAUGUUCCCUCACGUACCAGCUAUCAAGAUCAAACUCAGGAUGAAAAAGUUUAGAGACGCGUCAGUGGAGGAUCUGUUGGAAUACUUCCUAAACUACGACACUUUGAAGGAGGUGGCUCCAGAGCAGUUUGGAGCAAAUGUGGAGGUGCUUACUAUGGUAACAAACAACAAACGGAAACUCAGAUCACGUGCCCAGGGAGAUUCGAAUCGUGUGAAACGAGGUGCUGCCCUGGUACAACUUACCCCUCUCAGACGAGUUCCUUACUGGGAUGACAAUGGCGAGUAUGAUGAUCCGGGCGACUCUCAAUGCUGGAAGAUGUUCAAUGGUGAAAUUGAGAGGAUCUCUUCGCUUCUGGAUCUUCCUAAACAGAAGGUAGCAAAGUACUACUAUGCAUCAAAUGUUAGCAUCGCCAAGACCAUCAUUGCAAUCUUAGCCGAAGCUCACGCUGACGAGAUGACCGACGAGGACAAGGAGUACGUGUAUUUAAGCACUGACCGGUUCAAGAACGUGCCAUUUGUGUAUCUGGAACGGUUGUACUUGUUUGUCAAUAGAGAUGAGGCUAAGUACAGCGAGGCAGCUGGCAUUAUUGCUGCCUAUGAUGACAAAUGGAACGACAUGUUCAGUUUCCGGUUCGGUGGAAGCGAGACUACAGAGUCCAGACCGAUUGCUGAGGCCACUACUGCUCAUGUGAUUACGCAUCAAACUCCUACAAGCACUGGAAACGAAAAGGUGACGAUUGCUUUGACUGCUCCUGCGCCCAGAGUGGAUGAGGAGGAGGUUCGGGGUCCCAUUACUGAUGCUGAUGGUUACCAACAAGUUUCUGGACGUCGGUCUGCUCGUUUAAAGACUGUCAGUGAGCUCCAGGAGCUUGCCCAACGGCUGGAAGAGACCCGAAAGUCGUACAUGUACAAAUCUACGACAAACCCGACUCUCAGAGGAUACUACAGAGGUGCGAUUGCUGAGCUUGAAGAGAAACGACGACAGGCUAGCACUGAAGCUCGGUUGCUGCAGCAGCGGCGUACUGAGAGUGUCUACUUCACCGACUUGCAUGGGCUGACCGUCAAUGAAGCCAUGACUCUUGUGACCGACAAGAUUGAUGUUUGGUGGGAUGUUGAGCGGAUCAAUUUCGAGAAGCAGGCGCCAGUGAAGAUGUUGCAUAUCGUUACUGGAGCAGGUAACCAUUCCCAUAACGGUGUUCCUAAGAUCAAGAACUCCCUCAGCAUGUGGUUGAAGAGUCACGGGUGGAGUUUUCAUAGCAAUACUGCUUCACUAGACGUUAUUGGAAGGAGGAAAACCAGGGCCUGA